CCAGUGUGCCUUGCGCUAGGAAAAACAAAAAUGGCGUUUCAGGAAAGUUGUUGAGGACGUAAGAGGAAUUGUCAACUGUGAAGCGGUGACAUUAAACCUAAAUUCAAACACAGAAGCCGAACAAAAUGCCUUCUCCUAAAGCCAAAAACAGCGCCAAUCGCAGUGGAGGUGGGAGUCCAGGUCUCAGUGGCAGCACCAAUGGCAACGGACGCUACGAGUUCAUGUCGCUGAACCGAACCCCUCCAGCCACUCUCUUCCAGCGGCCGGGCUCCGACCAAACCGCUGCAGCCAGACUGCGGGCCUCAGAGAGCCCUACCCGGCGAAGAGGCUCCGGGUCCUCCACCUCCUCGAACACAGGCAUGCCCGAAGAGGACUGUAUGCGGCUCAACCCUUCCUUUAUCGGGAUAGCCCUUAGCUCCCUCCUCGCCAUAGACCUGUGGCUCUCCAAGCGGCUUGGCGUGUGUGCCUGUGAAGAUUCAUCCUGGGGCAGCAUUCGACCAUUGAUGAAACUGAUAGAGAUUUCUGGACAUGGAAUACCAUGGCUGGUCGGGACAGCCUACUGCCUGUACAAGGCUGACAGUGCCGCAGGACAGGAAAUUAUGUUCAAUCUCUUCAUGGAGGCCAUCCCUCUCUCCAUCCCCACAUCCAGCAGAUCUCUCUCUCUGCUCCACUCUUCACAACAGAUCAGGCAAGCUCUCAUUCUUGACCUGAUCCUGGUUGGAAUCGUGAAAGCGGUCGUCCGUCGGCGCCGCCCAUCCCACAACCACAUGGACAUGUUCGCCACCUUCUCCGUGGACCGCUACUCCUUCCCCUCGGGGCACGCCACCCGGUCCACCAUGUGUGCCCGUUUCCUGCUGGCCCACUUGGUGCUGGCCGCCCCCCUGCGGGUGCUUGUGUUCCUGUGGUCUGGUCUGGUGGGGCUGAGCCGGGUGCUGCUGGGAAGACACAACAUGACCGAUGUGCUGUUUGGCUUUCUGAUGGGCUACUGCCAGUACAACCUGGUGGAGAUGCUCUGGGUAUCAUCGCUGGGCAUGCAGGGGUUCCUGGGGCUCAUCCAGGGGUGAGAGGAGGGGGUGGGAGACAGACGCCCUGUCCCAAUAUGUAUGAAACAUUGACUGAUCCUGUCCCAUACUGACACUGUGGUCACUCAUCAUUGCCUGUUCAAGACAAACAACUACAACAAAGCCUACCAACCAUCCACCCAUAUGUAACUGCAAUCAGAAGUACCUAGGAGCAGGGUGCUCUUCCAUACUGUGAUAAAAGAGAGGGGGAGUGAGAGAAAGUGUGUCUGUGUGUGUGUCUGAGAACACAUCUCUCUGAAAGGGGAGAAUGAAUGCUAUAGGUUGAAACUUAUGAAUUGAUUAUGGUGUCUGUGGGGUGCUCUGAAAAGAGCAAUGUAAUUUAUGGAGGACACAUCAUGUAUUGAUUUAUUUUAAACUUGUAAGGUAUAGAGCCUCACAUUUCACAGGGAAAUGGUUCCAAUCGUUUUUUCCACCAUUCAUUUUUCCCAUAGGGAAUUUUAGAAAGACUUUAAAUAAGGGCUGUGUUUAAAUCUCUCUCGGACAAGGUGACUUUUAUUAAUAUAUUCCGCUCUAUUUACUCUGAUUUGAAAAUUCUAAUUGGCAUCAAACUAGAUAUCAUGCAAGACUACAAAUCCCUGUAAGUUCCAGCACGUCAUCUCUAACUGACACCUUUGCUAACAGGUAUUGUGUCAAUUUAAAACUUGCACAAGACCGUUCACAGAAUUGUCAAUUUUAAAGAAAUGUAGCCAAUUUAUUCAUUACUAUAUUUAGCUAACAUUAGAUAGUUAAUCUAGAGACUCUUACCUUUGCCUGGAUUCGGCAGUCUCGUCCACAUCAUCAUGGCAUUUGUAGUUUUUUAAGAUAGUCACAUUAGCAGCUAAUUGACGUUUACAUUUUGGGGGGUAAAUACAGGCAAAUAUAUUGAUAAAAGUCACCUUGUCCUAGAGCGAUUUACACGGUUAUCAAAAUGCCACGCCAAGGUAAGCCUACAUGAUACACAGCCCUUAUUUUAAGUGUGUCUAAAAAUGAAUGGUGGAAAAACGUUUGGAACAAUUAACUUGUUUGACCACUUUUUUAUUUCUCACUGAAAUAUAGUCACCCUGAAUGUGUUAUUGCGGAUCUUGAGGAAUAAUACCAGUUUUCUACAGAUGGGUGAAUGCUAAAAAAUAAUUAACAUUGAUGAUGUUUUAACCAGAGACAGGAGGCAUGGUUUUCAUUCCAAAUUAGGUUACCCAACAACUUUAUAGCUACGCUGACAUCAAACAUGUAGUUCAUUCAUUUUAUAACCUUUUAAUGUGUUAAACGUGAUCUCUCCUUAUCUAUGGCUCUGAGACCUGAUCCUGUAGAUGGUUCUCAUCUUGUGGAGAGUUGAUUCCUUAUAGUAACUGUCUAAAUAGGUUUGCAACAGGUUUGCAGUGGUUGGAGGGAAAACCAGAGAGGCCAGGGCAGGUUUUAUAGUUCAGUCCCAGAGAUGGUAGAAGUAGAAUAGCUUUUUGUCUUUCUGAUAGAAAGGGAAGAUACCUAGUCAGCUGUACAACUGAAUGCCUUCAACUGAAAUGUGUCUUCCGUAUUUGAGAUCACAAGACGGUGAAUGUCCAAGACUGGUUGCUCAUUCCUGCUGUACUGUUUUGUUACAGGUGUAACUGACACACACACACACACACACAUUGUGUGAUUGCACCCAAAUUGGCCAUUUUAAAUUAUAGGAUUCAUUACAUAUACUACAUAACAUCUGAUUUGGACCCCCAAAAAUUCGAACAAUGAGUUAGACAUGGGGAUUCCAAAGAAAUGGUGAAAAGCCACCCACGGACCACCACACCCCACGCCACUCUCAACCCAACAAGUAUACAGUACCAGUUUUGUAUGUUUGACAAGUAGUAUGGAGCUGCGGCUCGGAGUAUUGUUUCUUCAUCCUAUGUAAUACAUUCUCAGUGAAUUUGGUGAUGAUUUCUUUUCUCCUGUUCAGAGAGAUUAGUCUUUGAAGUUGUUAGGUUUAUGUCCUAUCCUACAUUCUGAUAUUACCAGGUUCUGACCACUAAAUGGUGCUGUUCCUGCUCUUAGGUAAAAAAUACAAAUCCCCCUUCAAUGUUUAAGGGAUACAUCUGGUUGUUGGCAACUCCGCUAAGGGUGGUAAUGGUGUAACCAUGGUGCGUGCCUUAGCCACUGGUUAGCUGUGGGCCGGAUCUAGUGGCCAAGUGCUUUCCACCGUGUCCUUAACUGCCCUACUGUUAAACUGCUCUCUGCUCUGACACACUCAUGGCCUCCCCUCUAUAUGAAUGUACAUUCUCUGGUGCAUGUGAGGCAGGAGUGAGAGACCCAGUCAGAGAGUUCCCAGGUGUCCUGGGUGUUUAGAAUGUUUCUGGUUGUUUACAGACGGUGGCCAUUUUGUGCCCUUACCACUGUUGUCAUUUGGCUGUUGUCACAUUGUGAAGAUCCUGCACAGACCCUAAUCAUGGCAGACGGAACAAUCUUUUGUUGACUCUGAUGAUUAAUAUUCCCUCUUCUAUCCCCCAGCCACUGUUCUCUCUCUCCUAAACUCUGAGACCAAAACCACUCUCUCUCUCCAAACCUCCUCUCAGCUGAGUGGAUUCUGCUGUAACUGAGAGAAACCUGGAAGAGGUGUGUGUGAGAGUGAGUGAGGAGACCACCCACUCAAACACAUCCGCCGUGGUUAAAUAUGGAGGAGCAGCUUAUUAGCCCCGUCUCUCUCUCUUACCUUCUCUCACCCUCACGCUAUUACAGCUUUCUCUCCCUCUCUUGCCCCCCCGUGUCUAUUUCUGCUCAAAGAGAAGAGUCAGACUCCAUUACCGCUCCAUUCCUCAGCUGUUCUUCACCAUUUAUCUUGUGUUCCCUCCAGCUGAAUCACUACCCUUUCCCUUGACUCCCCUUCGCUCAUCUACUGUUAUGUUGCAUCCAAGCUCAAGUAUGACUCCAAACUAAACAUUAAGUAUUUUUCUGGGGAAGAUUUGGUAUAUGUUACAAUGCAGUGAGUGCAGCUACACAUGAUGAGUUGGUCUUGAUUAGUCUUCAUGUACUAUUCCCUGAGAGAUGGUCUACAUCAGUAGGGUAUUUUUCUCUGACUGUUGUAAACAACAGUUUCUCUCUCACUCGCACUCUCACUCUCUCACACACAUACAAGCUGUAUUUCUUCAGCAAUAAUGCAGUAGUAGUAUUCUCAAACGUAUGUUUGAGAAUAUUAUGCCCAAUCAAAUGUUAUUUGUCACAUGCUUCGUAAUCAACAGGUGUAGACUAACAGUGAAAUGCUUACUUAUGGGCCCUUCCCAACAAUGCAAAAAAAUAUAUAAUAACACAAGAAUAAAUACACAAUGAGUAACGAUAACUUGGCUGUAUAUACUGGGCACCAGUACCGAGUUGAUGUGCAGGGUAUGAGGUAAUUGAGGUAGAUACAGUGCCUUCAGAAAGUAUUCACACCCCUUGAGUUUUUUCCCCACAUUUUGUUACAAAGUGGGAUUAAAAUGGUUUUAAUUGUAAUUAUUUGUCAACGAUCUACACAAAAUACUCUGUCAAAGUGGAAGAAAAGUUCUAACAUUUGUUUAAAAAAAGUCAUUAAUUCAACACUAAUAUAUUUUAAUUUAGAUAAGUAUUCAACACUGAGUCCAUACAUGUUAGAACCACCUUUCUGGGUAAGUCCGAAGAGCUUUCCACACCUAGAUUGCGCAACAUUUGCCUAUUUUUUUUUUUUUGUGAAAAAUUCUUUAAGCUCUGUCAAAUUGGUUGUUGAUCAUUGCUAGACAACUAUUUUCAGGUCUUGCCAUAUAUUUUCAAGCAGGUUUAAAUCAAAACUGUAACUUGGCCACUCUGGAACAUUUCACCGUCUUCUUGGUAAACUAUUCCAGUGUAGAUUUGCCCUUGUUUUAGGUUACUGUCCUGCUGAACGGUGAAUUUAUCUCCCAGUGUGUGUGGUGGAAAGCAGACUAAACCCGGUUUUCCUCUAGGAUUUUGCCUGUGCUUAGCUCCAGUAACUACAAUAUUGUUGAUCCAUCCUCAGUUUUCUCCCAUAACAGCCGUUAAACUAUAACUAUUGUAGUCACCACUGGCCUCAUGGCCAUGUGUUAUUUCAUAGUUUUGAUGUCUUCACUAUUAUUCUACAAUGUAGAAAAUAGCAAAAAUACAGAAAAAACUGUAAUGAGUAGGUGUGUACAAACUUUUGAGUGGUAGGCUGAAUCACAACCGGCCGUGAUUGGGAGUCCCAUAGGGCUGUGCACAAUUGGCCCAGCGUUGUCCGGGUUUGGCCGGUGUAGGCCGUCAUUGUGAAUAAGAAUUUGUUCUUAACUCACUUGCCUAGUUAAAUAAAUAAAUAAAUAAUACUGUAGUUAGGGAUAAAGUGUCUCUGUGACGGGCUAGAUAAACAGUAGCAGCAGCGUAUGUGAUGAGUCAAAAGAGUUAGUCCGGGUAGCUAUUUAACAAUCUGUUCAGCAGUCUUAUGGCUUGUGAGUAGGAGCUCCUGUUGGUUCCAGACUGCAUCGAUACUGCUUGCAGAGAGAACUGUCUAUGACUUGGGUGACUGGAGUUUUUGACAACUUUUAGUCCCAAACUACUUUUGGCCAGAACUCUAUAGGCCCCGGGCUUGGAGCUAGUAGUCUGUUUGGAACUGUGCGCUACCAGUUUGGCCAUCUCAGCCUCUGUACAGUCAAAAGACAAAGUUUGCAGACACAAACACCUCCUCACGUGAUCUCGCCAGCUUUAUACACUGACUUAUAACUUUCAUCUAUUGUAGUGUUGUUUUAUUGUAUAAUCCUUCAUCUGAAGUAAUGUCAAUGUAUGCACAUAAAUGGUAAGAUGAAUACAGCAUUGUUAUUUUGGGUUGACUGUAUAUGGUAGCAAAUUUGACUUUAUUCUAUGGAUUUUGGAGGCGUACUCCAGAAUGAUUGCACUAAUUCUGUAUUUAUUGAUUUUUUUAUUAAAUGUGUCAAGUUGUGA